ACAUUCUAUAUUAGUUUAUAUACAGAUAUGUAAAGUUCUGCUUAUAUAUAUUAUAUAUAAUACAUAUAUGCUGAGAAGCAACUAAUAAUAAGCAUCACAUCAUCUUUAUUCUUAUUCGUAAUUGCUGCUCAGUACAUAUGUAUCAUAAAUAAUAUAUGUAACAAAGCCCUAUAUAUCAUUAUAUAAUUUGUAUACAUUUAUGGCAUGACAUAUUUGACAAUAUUUUUACCUAUUUCUGCAUAAUUUGUAACUAAUUAUCACAUCUUAUUCGAACGGGCGUGCUACACUGAUCUACAGUUAUCUAUGAUAAAUUUUAUGAGUUAUAUGAAUUGCAAUACUUUUUGCUCGGAGUGUCUUACCACUGGCGGGGAAUACUCAGAGAAGUUCGAAGAAGCAGAUGAUUGGUAUACAUACUGAACUGAUCGACGCUCGAUCAGUCGAACUUUAUAACAACAUAACGUUCUUCUGUUUCAUUUCCCAAAAACAACUCAUCUCUAUUAUAAUAGUCAGCCUUUUACUGUCCCUAUAGUCAAUUGCUUUGACUUUGGGUAUGAUCAUGUUGUUCCAUGCCUAUGAUUUAACACUGUCACAUAUUAUUCUUCUACUACGGAUACUUAACUCUUAUAUAAUUUUUAUUAAAAUUACUCUAGUAAAAGCUAUAAGGCUAUUCAUAAACUGAACUUUACUUUGCAUUUCCCAUGUUCACUUGAACUGAAUUUUAAUAAGUUUGCUUUAUCUUAGUAAACAACUUUAAUCUUCAGCUCUUCUUCUUAACACUUUUUCAAAGCCUUUUCCUCUUCGUUUCUUGUUCACUUUUUUCGUUCUCUACUACAGCUUAUCUUUCUUUUCGUCAAAUUGUUGGCUUGGUUCUUUCAUAAAAUGUUAUUUUAACAACUGAUCUACAAGCAGUUUGUCUUAUGCAUACCAUUCUCUCUCAAUUCAUCUUUGCUUGCAUCAUAAUCUCAAUUAUUAUAAAUAAUGUUCAUUAUAAUUCUUGUUCUUGAGGCAGUCGCUUCUUUGUAAACAAGUUAAAGUACUUGGCCAUAGUUCAGUUGGAGCUCUUCUUGAUCUAAAUUAAUAUCAGCACUAUUAUCUGUAUUAUUUUUUGUAUUGCCAGAUCCAUAAACUAAACUGUAACUAAGUAACGAAUAUAUUUAUUUUUAUGCGGAACAUAAUAAUUAUUUUUAAUUAUCAUCGUAGUUAAUGGAGGGAUUCUUGAGUCUUCAAGCCUCUCAUCAGAUGAAGUUUAUUCUUAUUGCUAUCAUUAUAUAUUUCUACAAGUCUCUUAGUGACUCCCACUGGCAUUACUAUCUGCUCGCUCUUCAAUAUCGUGCUUAAUCAUGUCUUAUCAGCGCAUCAAACAUGUUCGAGGGACAACAAGUUUGAUGCCAAUGUGCCAAUAAUAUGCAACAGCUGCUCGCUUGCUAACCAUUUGGCUUAGUUGCUGUUGCUGUCGUUGUUGUUGUCAGCGCAAUUGCUGCUGCUGUUGCUGUUGCUGUUGCUGCUGCUGUUGCUAUUGCCAAACAGUUGCCGAUGCUGCUGACGUCGCGAGCACCGCAGUCGGCGCUUGGCUCGUUUGCACGGAUUUCGCGUUAAACUUUGCGUUCAGUUGAAAGCGUGCAACACAGCCGCACGGUCGCAAAGCUCCAGCUCCACACACCCACAGAGAGAGCGAGAGCGACUAACGAUAAACGAUAUACGAUAUACAUAAAUCAACAAACAUUCUUUUUUGUUCGCUUUUUGUUUGCAUCGAUGCGCCCAGGAUCCGCCUGAGCUGCCCGCCCACCCAUAAGUCAAGCGAAUUGUGUGUUUCGUGCGCGUAGAAUUUCAAGUAAGCAACGAUUUCUAUCGAUAAGAAAACAGCUGUGUGCGUGUGUGUGCGUGUAUGUCUCGAUCUCUAUAUGUGUGUGAAAGGAAAUGCUGUUGGGAGUGAAACCUUUGCCAGGAACGGAUGCAGAUGCAGAUGCAGAUGCAGGUGCAGGUGCAGCUGUGCAACUUUUGCCGGACCUAAUGACUCUAGCUGGCAGUAGUACCCUUCACAAAAAUAGUAAUAAAAGCCCAUAUGCUCUGCGUUUUGGGCAAAUGCAAAAGGCACUCAAGUGCGACUACAACAACAACAACAACAACAACAACAACAACGACAGUAGCAACGGCAACAGCAUGCGCAGCGGCAACGGCGAUUGCAAGCGGCAACAUUUUGCAAUCGCCCACAAAAAUAAAAAGGCAACAAAAACAACAAUUGCGGGAUACAUUUGAAAAGAUAUAUGGGAUACAUGAGUAAAAGGAAAAGCAAGAAAAACAUUGACGCAGCACUUUCGUAGAUAAGUAGGCUAUAACACCAACAAUAACAGCAGCAGCAGCAGCAGCAACAACAACAACAACAACAAUGGCAACUACAAACUGUGACUCUUUUUGUCAAGCAUGGGCAAACAACAAUUCUGCAAGCACAGCUGAAACUCCCCUCUCCUCCCCCCGCGCCCUGCGAGAGAGUGAAUCAAGCUUGCGCUGAAACUGUUUGAGAAUCAUAAGCCAAACCCGUAAAUAAUCGAUAAUCGAUAAUCGAUUGAUAUUUAUGCGUGAACCAGGGCAGUCAUGCUAUAAUCUAUCGGAAUUCAUAGAAUCUCAAGGAAAUACAUUUAACAAUUAGUUAACCAACACUGGCUAUCCUCGUCUCCUCGUUGAAUAUAGAGUGUUGGCAUGCAUUCAAGCUGAUGCUGGUUAAUUUGCGGAAGAAGCAGCAAUAGCUUGAACGAAAUCAAAUUUAAAGUCCACGUUAAAGCGCAUGUCAACGUCAACAAGUGAUAAAUGUGGCCACAGCUGAGUGAAACCAAUAAUUUGCAUAUUUGAUUGGCAUUUAGGUGCUUGUCAACUUUGACAUGAACAUAUGUAAACCUCAAUAAGCUCGUAUAUUUGGAUCUCUUAAAAGUGCCUGUUAAAGUUGACAUAAACAAGUCAUCAUAAACAAUCAUCUAAAUUAAAGUUAAAUUUGACAAGAGCAGAGCUCUGUUAACCGGAGCUUAGUGCAGCUCUUAUAUAUGUUCUCUGCAACAUCUGGCAACGCUGUGAAUCACAUCGCACCAGCUUGGCUAAUGCAAUUUGGUUUGAAUUCUUCGCUCGGCUGCACCAGACAAAAGACUUAGGACACAAACGCGCGAUUGACUAAUGAACUGGGCGCACGCAUUAGCCAAUGCUGCAGCAGCCACAACAGCAACACCAACAAUUAAACAAUGCAAUUCAGCUGGGUGUUGUUGCAGCUAAAUAAAUCACAGCUAAAUAACAAAUUUGCCGUAUACGCAUUCAACUGUUAACUUAUUUAUAAAAGCAACAAUUGCUGCUGCAAGUGAAUCAAGUUGUUGCUGUUGGUGGUUGCUGCUGUUGGUGUUGCUGCUGCUGUUCCCAUUGGCACAUUGACCCAAGUGGCACGCGCUGCCCGAACUGAUUGUUGCUAGUUUGUGAGUUUGACGACUGUCAAGGUGACUGACAUUAGCGACCCCGAGAGCUGACGAUAACCCAACAACCUAGAGCAAAACUCAAGUUGUUGCUGCUGUUGCUGUUGCUGGCCAUUGACUUUGGCCUCUUGUGGCUGGGUUUAUGUGUGUGUGUGUGUGUGUGUGUGUGUGUGUGUGUGUGUGUGUGUGUGUGUGUGUGUGUGUGUGUGUUUGUGUCUGUGUUGUGUAUGGCUCACGCCAAAUUAACGCACAAAAUCAUUUUAAUUGCGCUCACUCUGUUGUUUUGGCUGCCUGUCAACUGUUAACGCAUCCGUCAGAGGCAAUGGCUGUGCGUGGGCGUGUCAAACUUGACAUUUGCAGCGCAUGGGCUUGGCCUUCAAUGGCUGAGGUCCAGGAAAUGUUGCACCUAAUUGAUUCACACACACAUACACCUACACACACACACACAUACUUAACUCAUUUGGCAAGAGCUAACAAUAGCAGUCGCUUUUAGUCGAGAUGCCCAACUGGUUUGGCCUGGCCUACCUGGCACCACAGGCAAUCCUCACGAUCUCUCUCCCUCUCUCUUUCUCUCUGCAACUCAAUAAACUUGUUUGUCGCUGACCCAAUUUUGUGCCACUUUUUUUUUCGACAUUUUUACAAACAUUUCAUUUAGUUUUGGUUCGUAGUUUUUUUUUUUCUUUUUUCUUUUUUCGCACAACAACCAAAGCUGGAAAUGAUCUGAAAUGCGUGCGCGUUGGUCCCGGGUUUCGGUUUCAGUUUCAAUUACAACUUCAGUCGCAAAAAUAAAUUGUGGAGCCACCCUGUUUCGUCUUUAUUUGUAUUCACUAUUUUUUGGAUGCGUUCCGAAAGCGCUGAAACAUUAGAGUCAUAGAGCAGUCAAAGCCAGAGCUGAUGAGCAGCCUUUGGCCUUUCACUUGGGCGCAGACAAGCAGCAAUAAAGACUGAGCGGCACGGUUGUACACUGACACAGAGAGGGGCGUAAUGUAACGACAACUGGGUGAAUACCCUGACUUACUGAAAACGUAAGUGAAAUAAUACUGAAAGCUAAGCAAAAGAUAAGGAAUGGCAUUUUCUCAACGAACUUUUUGUAAGAAAUCCGCUAAUCGAUAUUUAUCGAUUUUAGGUAAAUGUGAACCAGUAUUAAUAUUUAUCGUUUUUUUUUUUUAUUAAAUGUGAGGCACUAUGGAAACUGUGCAUAUGAUUGGCAUUUCUCCUUCUACAUUUGUAACUUAAAGAAUUGCAAAGACAAUCGAACGAAGGGGCAGACAUAAGCCAAACUAAGCUCUAUUUGAUAUUUUGAUAGUGAAAAUACGCAACUGUUUGGCAGAUAUUUACCUCCAUCCAUACCUCAAUCCAUCUUCAUAUAGAUUUGGUAUAAAUUUUUCAAAUAACCCCUAUCGUUGAUACCUGUAGGGCUCUACUUCUCUAUUAAAUAUUUGUUCAUGACGUGAGGCAGCUUAAACAGUUUCUUCUUCUUCAUUAAAUAUAAUAUACUUCCUUUGCGAUUUAAAAGUUAAGUGUAUAAAUAUCAUCCAAAGCCAAACAAUGAGGCGUUGCUCUCGUUGUCUAAAAGGUAGUUUCUCAUAUGUUUACUGUUAUUUAUGGUAGACACCACAGAGUAUAUAAUGCAUGAAUCAGCUUGGUGGGAACUAAGUAGUUGGCGUUUGUCGUUGCUGCUCUACCUGGCCGAUGUCGGUUGUUGUUUGGACCCACUGUGCCUAGCCGGCUGGCUGGCUAACAAAAAAGCUUAACUGUCAACGGGGCGGCCAAUGCGACGCAAUGCUGCACGUUUCAACACCCGCGCGAUAACAAGCCAACAACAACGACAACAACAGUAAUGUGACAACAGCUGUUGCUAUUGCUGUUGUUCAGUCUUAACGGCUGAUCGAAUGACAAUGCAAAUGAAUUAUGCUUAGUCCGAUAAGUAAAUGAACAACAAAAAGAUAUUUCGUAUGUAGAUUUGUAGAAAUUUACCAAUCGAGCGCGCAAGCUAGCGUCAAUUAUAACCGAAAGCAACAACAACAGCAACCGCAGCAACAGCAACAACAACGAGCAACAACUAGCAACAAAAGCAAACAUUUUGGUAGCUAUUACAUCAGAGCUUGUAGAUAUUGUAAUAAAAACGAAUGGCCCACGAUUUGAAAGACAAACAGAAGUAGCAACAACAAAAGAUACUUUUGUAUAUGUGUAUUGUUAUUGCUAUCGCUGUUGCUGCUGCUGCUGCUGUUGCUGUUGCUGCUGCAGUUUUGAAUGGCGUUUUGCGUGGUUUACAUUCAUUAUAAGCCGCAUUUGUUGUGGCUGCCAAAAGCGGUUGCGUUUUUUCCACACUUUAACGAUAUUGGCCGCAAUAGCCGUCAAGGUCGCGCACGACCGCCACUGCCAAACGCCAAAGGCCCUUCCGCUGUGGGGCCGCGACAGGUGGGGGGCUUUGCUUGCAUUGCCACAAUAAACUGUGACUGCAAUCAAUGCAAUGGCAGCCAGCCGCAUAUCACAACAAUGGCCAACAGAUUGAGGAUGAUUUCGAAUGCACCAAUUGCAACAGCAACGGCUGUCGUACCGGUACCACAACUUUGGUUUUGAUUGGGCCUACAUGCUCUGGCACCCCAGGCCAAAAUGCUGUAAAAUUGACUUGAAUUGAAACUUAACUGCAAGCAGGGGAGUGCAUCGUCUUAUGGCGCGUACUGCUUUCAAUCUUCCACUUGGAGACAGAGUGUCAUGACGUUGGGGUCUCUCGACGUUCAAGCCUCGUUGAGCCCUAUAGGUUGACAGCUGAUCAGAUCAGUGGGUAUAAGUUGCUUUCUAUAUACAGACAGGCCAUUAGAAAUUCAAAUGUUGAGUCUAAGCAAGCAAGAGAACCUUAGAAAGUUCAUUGCUUAAAGAAGGAUCUGUCGAGCAGUAGAGACAGUCUGACGACUUUGGGGCUAAUUGAUCAUAUGACUGGUCAAACAUUCCCAUGUCUUAAGACAGCUGUAAAAGAUUCUAAUACCUUUAUAAAAAGCUUUCCAUCUAUGACAAUUAAUAAAGUUUCUCUUCUUGCAGCUAUCGAGUGUGAAAUACUAACAGCAGCAGCAGCAGGAGUAGGAGCAGGAGCAGCUGGCCGAGCGGAAAGUGAUAGACGCCACGCCAUGCACAAGAGAAGGAAGACCUAGAGAGAGAGAGAGGAAGACACUCAACCCUUAAGAAAGAUAAAGUAAAUCCUAAGCAAACCCCAAACGUCAUCAUUGAACAUCGAAGAUGGUAUUGAAUCUUCUCUUCAUCACGACUGUCAUCAAGUCGACAUUUGGAGUGGUUACCACUGGGCUGUGGCUGAUACCAUUGCUUUUGGCGGCCAUCACCUACUAUCGCUACGAUGCAGUGGAUCCGGAAUCGCGACCACUCGACCAGCUCAACCUGUGGCCGGAGUACGAUUUCAUAGUCGUGGGCAGCGGCUCGGCCGGGGCGGUGGUGGCGAAUCGCUUGAGCGAGGUGCGCAAGUGGAAGGUGCUGCUCAUUGAGGCCGGGCCGGAUGAGAACGAGAUAUCGGACGUGCCCUCGCUGGCCGCCUACUUGCAGCUGAGCAAGCUGGACUGGGCCUACAAGACGGAGCCCUCGACCAAGGCAUGCCUGGGCAUGCAGAACAAUCGAUGCAAUUGGCCGCGCGGACGCGUUCUGGGUGGCUCAUCCGUACUGAAUUAUAUGCUCUAUGUGCGCGGCAAUCGGCACGACUACGACCAUUGGGCAGCACUUGGCAAUCCCGGCUGGGACUAUGAAAAUGUGCUGCACUAUUUCAAGAAGUCCGAGGACAAUCGCAAUCCCUAUCUAUCGAACAGCCCCUAUCACGGACGCGGCGGACUGCUCACUGUGCAGGAGUCGCCCUGGCAUACGCCCCUGGUCGCUGCCUUCGUGGAGGCGGGCACACAGCUGGGCUACGACAAUCGGGACAUCAACGGCGCAAAGCAGGCGGGCUUCAUGAUUGCGCAGGGCACCAUACGACGCGGCUCGCGCUGCUCCACGGCGAAGGCCUUCCUGCGUCCCAUACGGCAACGUCCCAACUUCCAUUUGUCGAUGAACUCGCAUGUGACUCGGGUCAUUAUCGAGCCGGGCACCAUGCGUGCCCAGGCCGUGGAGUUUGUCAAGCACGGCAAGGUUUAUCGCAUUUCAGCACGCCGUGAGGUCAUUCUCUCGGCGGGCGCUAUCAACACGCCGCAGCUGAUGAUGCUCUCUGGCCUGGGGCCGAGCAAGCAUCUGGAGAAGCAUGGCAUACGGGUGCUGCAAGAUCUGCCCGUGGGCGAGAAUAUGCAGGAUCAUGUGGGCAUGGGCGGCCUCACCUUUCUCGUGGACAAGCCGGUGGCCAUUGUCCAAGAUCGCUUCAAUCCCACAGCCGUAACCUUCCAGUACGUGCUGCGCGAACGCGGACCCAUGACGACACUGGGCGGCGUCGAAGGUUUGGCGUUCGUGCAUACGCCGUACUCGAAUCGCAGCAUCGACUGGCCGGACAUACAGUUCCACAUGGCGCCCGCCUCCAUCAACUCGGACAAUGGGGCGCGUGUCAAGAAGGUAAUGGGCCUGAAGGAGUCCGUGUACCAGGAGGUCUAUCAUCCCAUUGCUAACAAGGACAGUUGGACCAUAAUGCCGUUGCUGCUACGUCCGCGCUCCCGAGGCACUGUACGCCUGCGCUCCGCGAAUCCCUUUCACUAUCCGCUGAUCAAUGCCAACUACUUCGACGACCCGCUGGACGCCAAGACUCUGGUGGAGGGCGCCAAAAUAGCGCUGCGCGUCGCCGAGGCGGAAGUGUUCAAGCAAUUCGGCAGCCGGCUCUGGCGCAAGCCUCUGCCCAACUGCAAGCAGCACAAGUUUCUGUCGGACGCCUACUUGGAGUGCCAGGUGCGCACCAUAUCCAUGACCAUCUAUCAUCCAUGCGGCACGGCCAAAAUGGGCCCCAGCUGGGAUCCCGAGGCGGUCGUCGAUCCGCGCCUGCGCGUCUACGGCGUGCGCGGCCUGAGGGUCAUCGAUGCGAGCAUCAUGCCCACCAUCAGCAGCGGCAACACGAAUGCCCCCGUCAUUAUGAUAGCCGAAAAGGGCGCCGAUCUCAUCAAGGAGGACUGGCUCCACAAUCCCGAGUAUAAGGUGAAACGGCAGGACAGCCCCGGCUACAGCGACAGCGACGGCGACAGCAUCUCAGCAGCUAGCAGCAACAUUUACAGCAGCAGCAACUUUACCAACAGCAACAGCAACAGCGACAGGGACAGCAGCAACGUGACGCUAACAGCAACAGCUGCUGACAGCCGGACAAGCAGUUAGCCGAGUCAGUCGUGGGGCAGGGGUCAGGUGCGCUCAGGGGUCAACUAGCUUUAAAAACACACGAACCAACGGACAGUCAGACCUAUACACAAUGUCUUGCUUUUCAGUUUUCUUUGCUGUUUGUUGUUUGCUAUUUGCUAUUCGCUGUUGUCGAAUCUCAGACUAAAGUUUGCCAUUGUUUCAAUCUAGUGUUAAAGCCAACAACAACACAAGUGUACGCUCUUUUUUUUUUGUUUUUGUUUUUUUUUUUUUUUUU